AUGUUUCGGUACUGGGUAUUGGCGAUAGUUUGGGCGGUGCUAUCGGUAGCAUUUGCCGAGGAUAAUGAUUUUGUGGACGUGUGCUUCGAGCACGAAGGCGAAAAGCCUGCGCACUGCGAGUUUAUCGACUUUGACGAUGUGUUCGAAACGUCCAACACCGACAUUAAAUUCAACUGGAGCUUCAUUACGAAGAUGAGUAUCAGCAACAAGAAGAUAAUCGGUGUGCCGACGAAAAUGUUCGCCUCGCUGCCAAAUCUCGAGAGCUUCAUCGUGCUGAACAGCCUGUUCUACCGUGAGAUCGAUCCGAACAGCUUCGUCGACUGUAACAAGCUGAGCCAUAUUGAAAUUACCGGAACGAACAUCACGCUGCUGGAUUCGCACAUGUUUCCCAAAACACCCAAGCUCCAGUACCUGCUGUUUCACCACAAUCGUAUCGCCGAGAUAAAGCAUGAUGCGUUCGAGUUUCUCGGGGAGCUAGAGGAACUGAAUCUGUCCUACAACAAUCUAACCAGGCUGCCGAGCGGCGUGUUCCACAAGCUCCGGAAGCUCAAGACGCUCGAUCUCAACCACAACCGGUUGCUGCUGCUCAGCUUCGACAGUUGGUUCCCGCCGGACGGUGCCGUUGCGCUGACGUACCUUGAUGCGUCCUACAACCAGCUGGUCGACAUGUCCUGGACGGAGAUUAGCGUGCGGAAGGUGAACCUGAAGUACAACAACUUAACCACCGUGCACGUGAACGGGAACUGUAGCGAAUUCCACGCAUCCCACAAUGCCAUCGACACCGUCACCAUCGGCCGCAACUGUAGUCUGGAGAAGCUUUAUCUAGCCCACAACCGUGUGCAGGGAUUCGACUUUCUGAUUCGGUGUGCCGACACCCUGCGCUCGCUGGACGUUUCGUACAAUCUGCAGCAGAAAGGUGUCGAUUUCCUGCACCUCAAGCAGAUCACUGCACUGAACAUCGAGUGUACCAACAUUAGCCUCAACUUUAAGACGCUGCACGAUUUGCGGAAGUUGCGCUUCUUGGACAUUUCGUACAACAAUCUGAAGAGGAUCGAUCUGGAAAACUUAACGUCACAGCGGCUACUGGAGCGGCUAAUGGUAAGCGGCAACCCGAUCGCUAACAUCUCGAUCGGUUCAAUCAAGCGCAACUUUCCGAACCUGAAAUCGCUCGGCAUCUACGACCUGCCGUGGAACUCUACCUCGCUCUCGAUCGCGAUCGACGACCUGAAGAAGCAUGACAUCCAACCGUACAUACGCAGCGACUAUCUGUUUGAUGAGUCAAAGUGCCCGCUAAAGGUAACGCCAUCGUUCGGCAACGACACCGACCACGAGCUGGGUGAUGACGAUCGGUCUAGGGAUGGGCAUGGCCACGGUGGUGAUAAGACGGCCGAGUAUGUCGUCAUUGCCCUGCUGCUGUGCAUGGUCUGCGGUCUGCUGGGCAAAGUGUUCGUCGAUAGCCGAUACUUUCCCGUUUUUAAGGAACGCAUCCAACGAAGAUCGUCUGUUUCGCACGAGAGUUUAGUGUCGUGUGAUUUGAACGGCUAG